GUGAUCAGCGGUGUCCAAUGACACGCUGAUCACAGGGAAAUGCAAGUGCCGGUUCUCGGCUGCACUUUCCUCACGCUGUCAGAUCAGCGAGGAUCGGCACCGAUCAUCAGGGCCACUGAUGAUCAGUGCCCUGAUGAUCGGUGCCCAGCAGUGCCACCCACAAGUUCCGCCCACCUGUGCCCAGCAGUGCGCCCACUAGCUCCGCCCACCUGUGCCCAGCAGUGCACCCACCUGUGCCACUCUGCAGUGCCACCUACCUGUGCCCAGAAGUGCCACCUACCUGUGCCCAGCAGUGCCACCCACCUGUGCCCACCCACCUGUGCCCACCACCCACCUGUGCCCACCAGUGCCACCCACCUGUGCCAGUGCCACCCACCAGUGCCCACCCACCAGUGCCACCCACCAGUGCAGCCCAGCAGUGCUGCCAGUCAGUGCCACCAGUCAGUGCCCAGCGGUUGUGCCAGUCAGUGCCGCCAGUCAGUGCCCAGCAGUGAU